AUGUGUGAUUCUAAACAAAGUUCUGCUGUCUAUCGAUUCAAUAUUUUAAUAAAUCCUUCUCAUGUUGAAUUAGAUGCCGAACUUGGAAAUCACAUUUUACAUCAGCCUUUACAAGCUGCUCGAGUUUUUCAAUCAGUCUGUUUUAUUGCUGUUAAGACUCUCUCAUUAAUUGGACAAUUACAAACAGAAACUCAAAUUAAUAUUGUGCUGAAGUUAACACAUUUACCUGCUCUGCCAAGUUAUGCUCUUGAUCUUAGUGACUUUCCACUUGAUUAUACAUCUCAGAGAUUUUAUAUGCUACAAGGAAUUGUGAUUGCAAUGAUGACUGUAACUAAGCAUACACAAGGUGCAAGGUUCCUUUGUACAGAUGAAGCAUGCCCCCUUUCAAAAGGAUUUCAGUAUAUAAGAGUGCAUGUGCCUGGUGCUACAGAAUCUGCAACAGUACGAAACGACUUUUUGUGUAAUCUCUGUGCAUCUUCACUUCAAGAAGACAGAAAAUUUAGAGUAGUUGGUGAUAAACAGAUAGUUGAAAUAAUUACCACAAAGGCACUUCAGGCUUAUCGAGGAUAUUCUAACAACCAGCCAUUUAGAUUCCAGUCUCUUACAAUUUUCCUAAGAGAUGAAUCAGUGAAUAAAAUGAAUAUAGGAAAUGAAUAUAAAAUUAUUGGAAUUCCUACAUGUGUAGAAACUGCACAAACUACUGUCUGUAUAGAAGCAAAUAAUAUAACUUUUUGUAAUUCAAAAGUUCCUUCAGGAAUUAGUGACGACUUCAAGCGUCUCCUUUCCUUGACUUCCAGUUCAUGCUGGAAGUUUACAGCAAUACUUGCCAAUAUCUUUGCAUCACAGAUUGUUCCUCCUGGGACUUACAAUUGGCUCAAACUCUGUUUGUUGAUGAGUCUUGUACAGACAAGUGACCGUAAAAAGGAACUGGAAGAUUGCCUGGAUAUUUUAAUUAUAACAAGUGAUACUCUACUAGUAGACAGGUAAAUAUUCUCACUUUACCGCCCUCGGGUAGAGUGCCAUGACGUCACACAGUUCACACCAACCUCCAACUCGGGCUUCCGUGAUUCUCUUGCCUCAGCCUCCCAAGCAGCUGGGACUACAGGCGCCCAACACAACGCCCGGCUAUUUUUUUGUUGCAGUUUGGCCGGGGCUGGGUUUGAACCCGCCACCCUCGGCAUACGGGGCCGGCUCCCUACUCACUGAGCCACAGAUUCUUUUGCCUCAGCCUCCCAAGUAGCUGGGACUACAGGCGCCCGCCACAACGUCCGGCUAUUUUUUGUUUGCAGCCGUCAUUGUUGUUUGGCGGGUCCGGGCUGGAUUCGAACCCUCCAGCUCUGCUGUGUGAGCCUUAGCCGCUUGAGCCACAGGCACCGAGCCUGAGCCCAAGAGUUUGUGAGCCGUGACACUAUGGCACUCUAUCCAGGGUGACAAAGUAAGACUCUGUCUGAACACAAAAAAAGAAAAAAAAAAAAAAAGCACUUUUAGGUUAUCUACUUUGGGGCUACUAUGAAUAAUAUCAUGGACAUUCGUGCCUAGGUUUCCACGCGAGCAUUUCAAUUCUCUUGAGUAUGCACGUGUGCACACGUAGGGGUGGACUCUGGGUUUAGGUCUUUGAGGGCGUACUGGCUUGUUUUCCGAAGUUGCAAGCCACUGCAUUACCACCAGCAGUUCUAAAUUUUUUAGGCAAACAUCGACACCCUCUGCCUGCAGUAACAUGGAAAAGCAACCAUAGCCCUGUCUCUUCUCGGCCUGGGUGGGAGGGAGCAGGCGCGAAGAAAUUAACGCAGCGGGGACCAGCCGGCUGGUUUCCCUGGCCACAGAAGGGCGCCUGCAGUCCCGGGAGAACGCGCUCGCGCGCCAGGGCCCCGCCGCACCGGCGCUGCAGGAGCGCCACGGACUAGCUGGUGGGCGACUGCGCGGGUGCAAACCAGCACCCGGCCGAGGGCGGUGGUACCGGAGGUUGCUGUAGUGCGUGGCAGGGGUUCUGGGUCCUACUUGGUGAGGCUGGCUCCUUACCCAUCCGCUUUGGUUGUGAAGUGUUUUCCUGCCGCCUUCCCCUCCUCAGUCCAUCCCUGGUUGCUGACCGGGCGAGGAGGGGAUAGGAUUUCGCGCCUGUUGCAAGUGAAGCAGAACUUGGGGUUUGUUUUGUUUUGAGACCGAGUCCCACUCUAUCGCCCAGGUUCCAGCUCAGUGGCGUCGCCCUAGCUCAUAGCAACCUCAAACUCCUGGGCUAACGCGAUCCUCCUACCUCAGCCUCCCAAGUAGCUGGGCCAGCAGGCGCCCGGCUGUGUUUAGAGACGGGGUCUGGCUCUUGACCGGGCCGGUCUUGGGCGAUUCAGCCCGCUCGGCCUCCCAGGAUGCCCGGGUCACACGCGUGAGCCACCGCGCCCGGCCAGAACUGGGUUCUUUAUACUCUGGGGAGGGCCAAAGACUUAGAAUUCUAUCCCUCUUCGCCUUUUUUAAUGCUUUUCACAGCCUCCCGUAUCUUUUCGUCCACUUAAUCUUCUUCCUUGAAAAUCUUCGACCCCCAGCACCGCCACUUUAACGCUGGCGCCCAGACUUUAGCCUCCUCCUUUCCACGGUGCUGAGUUCCAGGCGCUGGUUUACUUCCCGCCGGCCUCGCAUAGACCUGGGCGUCGCAGGAGGCAAAGUCAGGUUAUCGCGAAUGAACUUUCCCUGAUCUCCCUGCGCUUCUCUUUGGGUGCCACACUACCUAUGAGAGCAACAUCAUCCAGUCACGCCAACCCACUUACCCUUGGCUAAUUAUUCUUCCCCGUAUUGUACGGACCCGCUACUAACCAGGUCCCGUGUAAAGUCUUUAAAAUUCUAGACUCUAACUACUCCAUUUCUCUUGUAUGUUGUAUGUAGCUAGCGCCCUAGCCACUGAGCUGUGGGCACCGAGCCAUGAGUUUAUUAAUUGCUAAAGCUCCAGAACUGGCCAUACUAUUUUUAAGAAUGUUGCAACACCUAAAAGCUGAUUAUUGACUCUUCCGCUACUCCAACCUACUUUACUAGCGGCGGCAGGGACUGAUUCCCAAAAUAAAAAUCUGACCGUUGGCUCGGCGCCUGUGGCUCAAGGGGCUAAGGCACCAGCCACAUACACCUGAGCUGGCGGGUUCAAAUCCAGCCCGGGCCCGCCAAACAACAAUCAUGGCUGCAACCAAAAAAAUAGCCAGGCGUUGUGGCAGAUGCCUGUAUUCCCAGCUACUUGGGAG